AUGCCACACAAAAUUGAGCAGCCUGUCCUUGAGGACAACCAGGUUCUGGCCGCCAAACAAGACAUACUCGUUGCCGUCAUUGGCAUCGGAUUUGUAGGCACAGGACUAGUGUCUACAUUUUCCACUGCUUAUCCGGUUCUCGGUUUUGACGUUAGCCAGAAGCGAAUUGCAGAAGUGGCUCGCGAGUUCUGUACUCGGCCCAACACCCGCUUCACGACCCAGGAGUCAGAUCUCGGUCAGGCAACCCACUUCUUGAUCUCCGUCCCUACUCUUCUCCUGCCGGACAAGUCCGUUGAUCUCUCCUACAUCAAGAGCGCGCUUGAUGUCAUCUGGCGCUGGGCAAAGCCGCAGUCGACCAUUGUGGUUGAAAGCUCCGUGGCCGUGGGGAUGACUCGGAAACUACUUGGACCUCUCGCCUUGUCGAAUGACUACUUUGUUGGCAUGUCUCCAGAGCGGAUUGAUCCUGGUCGUACCGAGCCGCCCAUGCAUUCUAUCCCCAAGGUAGUCUCCGGGCUUGAUGAUAUAUCCCCCGGGUCAUUGAGCUCCAUCACGAAGCUGUACCAACGCGUGUUUGACCAAGUCAUACCCGUUUCAAGCCCAGAAGUAGCAGAAAUGACAAAGCUCUACGAGAACUGUCAGCGAAUGAUGGGGAUAGCAUUUGCCAACGAGAUGGCAGACGCAUGCAUCAGCCACAACAUCAAUCCCUUUGAAGUAUGCAGGGCCGCAUCUACCAAGCCGUUCGGGUAUAUGCCGUUUUCUCCAAGUCUGGGAGUCGGCGGCCAUUGCAUCCCUGUCAACCCAUACUAUCUCCUCCUCAACAAUGACUUUCCGUUGCUACGUCAGGCAGCCGAGAGAAUGCAUCAGCGACCCAGGCGAAUAGCUCUUCGCAUUCUGAACGAGCUCUAUGCCGAUGAGCACCAGAGCGACUCUGGAAUACUUGUGCCAAAGCGCGUGCUCAUCGUUGGCAUUGGUUUCAAGGCCGGCCAGUCGCAUCUUGUCAAUUCACCUGGCCUUGCGCUGGCCGAGGAGUUCCAGCGGCUCAGCCAGGUGGAUGUCAUGUUUGCUGACAGUCUUGUGCACCAGUCACAGGUUCCCCAUAUAGAGAAGUUGCCCGAGAAGAGUUGGAAGAAGGAUUGUUUGGAGGAUUUUGACGUGAUUGUUGUGGCUUUUCGACAGGUCGCGAUGGAGUUGGGAGUAUUGAAGAAUAUCCGUGGGGUCAAGGUGCAGAUGUGGUGUGACUAG